CUCCGCUGCGCUGCGCUUGCGGGGGCGUCCGGGGGCUCGCCAAGUACCCGGCCGUAGGGGAGGGAGCCGCAGCAGCCCUCGGGAGGGAAGGUGACAGCCCGGCAGCAUGAAGUUCCAGUACAAGGAAGACCACCCGUUCGAGUACAGGAAAAAAGAAGGGGAGAAAAUCAGGAAGAAAUAUCCCGACAGAGUCCCUGUAAUUGUGGAAAAAGCACCAAAAGCCAGAGUACCCGACCUAGACAAAAGGAAGUAUCUUGUGCCUUCUGACCUCACAGUUGGCCAAUUCUACUUCUUAAUCCGAAAGCGGAUCCACCUGAGGCCAGAAGAUGCCCUGUUCUUCUUUGUCAAUAAUACCAUCCCUCCCACCAGUGCUACCAUGGGCCAGCUGUAUGAGGAUAACCACGAGGAGGACUAUUUUCUCUAUGUGGCCUACAGCGAUGAGAGCGUCUAUGGCAAGUGAGCACCAGCCCCUCAGGCAUGCAGGCGAGAUGGACUGAUGGAAUGGAUUUGGGGAGGGGAUGUUGGAGAGGAGGAAGGAGGAUGCCUGAGAAGAGGGGAAGAGAACUGGAAGUGAACCACAUGCACAAUGCCAUCACCUUCCAUGCAUUAAUUAU